UUUUUAAUAAGAUUUUUAUUAUGGGAAAUGCUCUGAGAUUCUUGUAUAGCCGUUGCUGCAAGCCCACCACAGCUGGCGGCUCCCACGGUGUCUCAACCACCGACGACGGUGUUUCGGCUCUCUCCCAUGAUCUAUUCCAAUUCGACACCACCUCUCAGGUUCCUGAAGGACUAAGUAAUCAUGUGGUUUCGUCCAAGAAAGCUCAGGCCAAUUGGUAUAGAAAGCUAUUAGAUGCAUGGAGAGAAGCCAAACCGCCUCCGAAAACUCCCGAGGAAGCCUCGAGGUUUGUCGUUCAGACGUUGAAGAGACAUCAAAAGGCGGAUGUUGAGGGAUUGUUGGCAUACUAUGGUCUUCCUCAUCAGCCUUCUGCUAGCUGCCCGACAUCAUCGUCUCAAGUAGUCAAGUUCGAAUUGCAGACUUUACCGGUGGAUCUGAAAGCAGUACCAGAUGGAGAUACAAUAACAGUGUAUGUAAGUACUACAGAUCCUAGAGAGUCAGCAAACUUACCUCGACAAGUACGAUUGGCGGCUGAUCAACGAUCAAAAGCACGUGCGGCCAAGAACUAUACAAAAGCCGAUGAACUUCACAAGAAAAUUACUGAUUCGGGAUACAGGGUCUUAAAUCUUCAGAAUCAGGAAAUCCUUGCUAGAAAGUAUCGGAUCCGGUUAAGGGGUAUCGAUGCGCCGGAGAGUUCGAUGCCGUACGGCAAAGAAGCAAAAGCAGAGCUGGUGAAGCUUAUUCAAGGGAAAUGUUUAAGUGUUGUUGUCUACGACGAAGAUCGAUAUGGUCGAUGUGUUGGUGAUAUAUACUGCGAUGGCAAAUUUGUUCAGGAAGUACUGCUGAAAAAGGGGCUUGCAUGGCAUUACUCAGCUUACGACAACCGUGUAGAGCUCGAAAAUUGGGAAAAAGAGGCUCGAGCGAAAAGAGUCGGUUUAUGGGCUUCGACAAAUCCUGAGAAGCCAUGGGAAUGGAGGAAGAACAAAAGACAAAGGGUUGCCCAGAUUAAGUUGUUGUGAAUUGUAAUAAUUGUUCAAACCAUAUACAAAGUGUUCUAACUUUAUUAUGAAUCUGAUUAUUACAAAUCUAU